UCUCUCUCUCGCGCGCGCGCGCUCCACCCUCGCGCUAAGGCAGGUAGCGCACGCGGAGUAGGAAGUUCGUGGGCAAUGGGCUGAAGGUCCGCGCGAGGCGGCGGCUGCUGGCGACCUUCCCGACGGACUCGGACCACUGUAAUGCGCAGACCCAGCGAUGCCUUAUGUGGAUCGGCAGAACCGAAUCUGUGGCUUCCUGGACGUGGAGGAGAAUGAGAACAGCGGCAGGUUCCUCCGCCGCUACUUUGUCCUGGACGCGCUGGAGGGCCGGCUCCUCUGGUACAUGGACAACCCGCAGAACCUUCCGGAAGGCACUCCCAAUGUCGGCUCCCUCAAGCUCACGUACAUUUCUAAGGUUAGCGAUGCUACCAAACUACGACCAAAGGCGGAGUUUUGCUUUGUCAUCAAUGCUGGGAUGAGGAAGUUCUACCUGCAGGCCAAUGACAAACAGGACCUGGUUGAAUGGAUCGCCGUGCUCAACAAUGCCACCAAAAUCACGGUGCCGAAGUUGGGCGAGCACAGCGGGCCCAACCCAGUGGAGGCCUGCCUGGAUGUCCUGGGAACCAUGAAGCAGGUGUCCUACAAGACGGAGAUCAUCGGCGGCGUUCCCAUCAUCACCACCACGCAGCAGGAGAAGGGAGACGGGCCAAACGGAGCCGAGCGAGGUGCCCCGCGCAAGCCGCACGCUGCCAUCCCCUACUACCUGAGCCGCGCCUCCCAGGACCAGGCGGUGGUGAAGGCAGGCUUCUGUGUCAAGCAGGGUGCUGUGAUGAAGAACUGGAAGAGGAGAUACUUCAUGCUCGACGAUAAUGCAAUCAGUUACUUUAAGUCAGACAUGGAAAGAGAGCCUCUGCGUGUGAUUCCACUGAAGGAGGUUAAUAGAGUUCAGGAGUGUAAGCAAAGUGAGCUGAUGAUGAGGGACAAUCUCUUUGAACUUGUCACUUCAUCUAGAACGUUCUACAUCCAGACGGACAGCCCAGAGGACAUGCACAGCUGGAUCAAGGCCAUCUCUGGGGCAAUUGUGGCCCAGCGUGGCCCUGGGCGCUCCGCCGCCACGAUGCGUCAGACCCGAAGGUUCUCAAACCCUUGUGUUCAGAGGAACGCAGGGAGCAAACCUUCUACUGCAGCGAGCAAAGGCCUCCGAUUCCUCGCUCACCCAUCUCCGCGGAACUCAACUUCUCAGAAUGCCACUUCCUCCCGGGCCCUCAGCAUGGCGUGGGACAGUCCGGGCACCAGCGGCCCACAACGGAGUGGCCAGCGCAACCGCCUGUCGCUCCAGGAGGCCCCCCGCCUCCUGUUCAAGUGACGGCGGAAAACCCGUCGCCAUGGCAGUGAAGGGGAAGCUUGGAGAUUUCGAGGCCAGCCGUUCAUGACGUGGACAAUGCGAAAACGAGUGAGGUGUAAAGAGCAAUGACCGCAGCACUCAUUCUGACCCCCGCCCCAAACCCACACCCACCCCAACACCCACCCCAACACCCUGAGAAAAGACACAGCACAGGAAUGACAUGAUAUUGGCAGUCUGACCAGGCAUCUGGCCGUGCAGUACAAAGUCUAAGCCAAACAAAGCGGGACGGAGAAAGGUAAACGGAACUGAGGUGGACUCAAGGGGAACUGGUACACUUUGGAGACGGAUUUGCCCAUAGGAUUAUGGGAUGUGGAGUCCUGUCAUCCAUCUGAGACAUGAACGAAUAACUGCUGCUCGGACGUGGCAUGAAGAAUGACCAGUCUGAGUGAACACCUUGGUUUCCCAGUGGCAUUUGUCCUUUUCUCAAACACAAAGCCAUGACCAGUCCGACCAGAACAGGCUUGUUGUGGAACUGAAGAGCUGGUGUAUAUAUUGAAUGAAUUCGCUCCUUUUUUUUUUUUCCUGUACGUUACCUCUGUGUGGUAGAAUUAGGGCUUUGACUCCUACAGUGAUAAACUUCUUCCUUCCAAAAAUGGUGUAUAGAAUUCAUUCGAGCUGAACAGCAUACUGACUUUCUUUUUACUGAGCUCAUUUUACCUUGUUCUUUUAUGCGAUUUGUCAAAUUCUUAAGUGUUCGGUGAAAAUUGUUUUUAGGUUCUGAAUUGCAUUCUGGACAGUCCGAUGAGGUGCUGCCACUACUUACAGUACAAGAAAAAUCUAAAUUAUUUUUUCGUUGUUUACAUUAUAUUUCAAGAUCUGUCCACAUACUGUAAUGCCAGAGUUUGUUUCAGAGCAUAAUUAAAUGAUCAAAAUAUGAUUACACUUGGUUGAAAUGA